AUGGAGUGGCUCUUUGGAAAACGGGUAACACCGGAUGAAAUGCUUCGUAAAAAUCAACGGGCAUUGAAUAAAGCAAUGAGAGAUUUAGAUCGUGAAAGACAAAGGAUGGAACAACAAGAGAAAAAAAUAAUAGCUGAUAUUAAAAAAUUAGCUAAAGAAGGACAAAUGGAUGCUGUUAAAAUCAUGGCUAAAGAUUUAGUUAGAACACGAAGAUAUGUUAAAAAAUUUAUGUUAAUGAAAGCGAAUAUUCAGGCAGUUUCAUUAAAAAUACAAACGUUAAAAUCUCAAAAUACAAUGGCAAAUGCUAUGAAAGGUGUUACUAGAGCUAUGCAGAAUAUGAACAAACAACUAAACCUACCUCAUAUACAAAAAAUUUUGCAAGAAUUUGAAAAACAAUCUGAAAUAAUGGAUAUGAAAGAAGAAAUUAUGAAUGAUGCUAUUGAUGAUGCAAUGGAAGAUGAAGGUGAUGAAGAAGAAAGUGAUGCAGUAGUAGCGCAAGUCUUGGACGAACUUGGUCUCCAACUAACCGAUCAAUUAUCUGGAUUGCCUCAAGCUACAGGCUCUCUCAGUAUUGCUGGUUCUAAGCAGCCUGUAGCAACAGCGGCUGGUGCCGGCGGAGAAGAUACUUCGGGUGGAGGCGGCAAUCUUCCAGAUGCAGAUGCAGAUCUUCAAGCAAGAUUAGAAAAUCUGCGAAGAGAGUAG